UCGGCUUGCGCAACGUCGUGCUCCCUCCCACCAUACCUUGCGCGUCCGCCUACCCACCACCCCCAGUCUUAUUCCCUUUCAAGACAUCUUUCCCUUCUCUCCUCCAACUUCAACUCUCUCUCUCUCCUGUCCCGAGAACACUCACCCGUCGCUAUGGCGUCUGUAACAAAGACUGACACUCAUUCGCUGAAGAGAACUUACACACUCGUUGCUUCCAGUCCUUCGUCGCCGUCCGACUCACACGACAGAAUCCCACCACUCAAGGUCGCUGUUCUUAGCUCGCCUGCGAUCGACGCCGACAAUCGCAUGUCAUUAUCGCUGAAGCGUCGCUAUCCGUUCUGUAAAACGCAAGCGAGCCCGACCGGUCCCGCCAACAAGUCGGCAGUACCAGCUUUUGUUUCCAUCUUCGAUACCGAUAUGUCAGGUUGCUCGCCCGUCAACGAAACGAACCAAUUCGCUUCAUAUUCCGAACCAGCUUCUCCCGGUCCGCGAUUCUCACUAAAGCACCCUCCCACCCACAAAUCACACAGCAGCGUGUCCACAUCGGCUUCUUCUUCCAGCAACUCAUCCCCAACAACAACUAUUUCGACCGACGAAUCGACAGCGUCCCUGGACGACAAGACCACACCAGAUUCAUCCCCAGAUUCUCCGGAUUGUUUGAUGGCUCUGCCGUCAUUUAGGUCUGGGAGAGGUCUACCGAACGGCCUUUCGAUAAUACCCCCCAGUCCCGGAUUGGAGGGACCAAGUCCGCUCUCACCGAGCAAGAAACCCCGAAACACAAAAAACCUCUCGCUCAACGUGCCACCUUCGCCCGGCAUGUCUCAGAUGGGGCAUGAUGGUCCCUCCAACGCCUCUACACCGAAGUCGAUGUCGGCACCACCGUCACCGGCAUUCAUCGUGCCUCCUCCCCCGCAGAACCCCCGGCGGAGACCUAGCCACCUCGGCCUAACCAUCAAGCUCCCGGGAACAUUAGAUACGAAACCCACCGGACUGCGCCACCACCAAUCUUCUCCUUCUCUGUUUUCUCCCAGCACCGGAAGAGGACCCCUGGGUGGAAUGGCGGGUGGAAUGGCGAUCCCGGCAUCUCCCAAUCCCGCCCAGAUGAGUUUCCAGUUCAAACAGCGGGAACGACCCGUAUUCAACAACCGGUGGGCAUCGGAAACACAAGCUUCUUCCGGAUCGUCGUCCGCAACGACGAACUCGCCUCCAAGGUCGCCUGAGGUAUUACACGAGAUGGAAGAGGAAGACGAGCCUCCCCGAUCCGGGGAAGCCAAGUCACCAGCAUAUCCCCAAGGACCCUCGCUGAUCUUCGAGCCGAACAUCUAUCUUUACUCGGAGCCUAACGCUGAACUCGCUUCGGAAUUCGAUCUGGUCAUCAAUGUCGCACGAGAAGUUCUCAACCCGUUCAAGGCGGCAGCUACCCAAAGAGGAUCGGCAGACAUUCCCGUUCCCGACACCGCAUGCACAGAAUCCAGCUUCCAGACGGCUUUCGAAGAAGCUAUGUUUUCGCCCAUCUGCCGCCCGGAGACACCGAAACAAAGGAAGGAACCCGAAUACGUGCACAUGCCGUGGGACCACAACACCCCCAUAUUGGCCGAUCUUCCGGCUUUGGUGGAGUUGAUCAACGAGCGGACGAACCAAGGAAAAAAGGUGCUGGUGCACUGCCAAUGUGGUGUCAGUCGGUCAGCUACCCUGCUCAUCGCCUACUCCAUGUUCAAGAACCCGGAAAAGUCGAUGCAGGAUGCGUACAGUGCCGUCAAGGCGAAGAGCAAGUGGAUCGGACCAAACAUGAGUUUGAUCUAUCAAUUGACGGACUGGAAAAAAAUGAUUUCGAACGAAGGGCCGAAAUUGGUAGGUGGAUUCGGAGGAAGGAGGGGUCCACAGACGGCAGGAUUGCAGGGCCCUGGAAAUAUGAGUCUGGGACGUGGAAGGGGGAUGGAGGACGGCUCUGAGUUUCCGGAGCCACAAACGGCACCUCUGCCACACAGAAGGACAUCACCCAUGAUGUCCCCGGCCGAGUUGUCUCCGGAGGGCCAGCGGCCGCAGGUGGUAAGGACGAGAUCGGAGACGGGCGGGUUCGAUUCGGGGCCAUCUUCGGCCCCCCCAGGCAUAGGCAGCGUUCCAGGUUCCACCACAUCGUCCCAGAACAGGCAGUCGUGGCCCGAUGGCGAUGCAAAGCUUUAUUGCCCGCCGUCGGUGGAGCCAUCACCACGGCUACAGCCCUCGCCGCAGCCCUCACCGCAGCCCUCACCACAGCUUCAACAACACGUUCCUUGGCCGGCAACGAGUGAGUAUCCGCCUCCGGAACCCACACGGAUGCCGCCACCACCACCACCCCAGGCCUCUCAGCCUCGCCCCAAUCCCUCGAGCUCGUACUCGCUCGAAAAAUCGACUCUCCGCAUGCCAGGGCAGUUUGACAGCGAAAUGGAUGACAACACAGCUCCUCCAUCCCCGCAGUUGACGAGCCCGAGGAACAGCGGUUUCUACGCCACAGUGCCGAACCGCAGGAUGUCGCCGUGGGCUGGAUUCUUUUCGGAUCCCCGGAGUCCCACAGAACGGAGCGGAACGACAACGCCAGUGAUCCGGAAUAUCUUCGAUGUCCUAUAGCAAUUACUGUGGGGGCGGUCAAACGACGAGGCAGCCCAGAAUGAUAGGCGGAAGCGAGUGUCGUUUCACGAAUCGAUCCCAACACAGGACAGCCGAUGAAUGCAGCAAAUAUAUGAGUCUUCGCACUUGCGAGCGUUGGAGUUUAGGGGGGACGGCAUCGGACGACAACCGGAUGCUUUGGAGCGGCCUUUUUCUUUUUCUUUUUCUUGCGUUUCUUUUGUUGUUUUCCUUUGUUUGGGGAGAGUUCAAAAUUUGUUUGUUCAUAUACUCUCGUUUGGGCUCAUAGCGGAUUCUCUGGGUUAUCAUUUGGUGGGGGGAGCGCAGGACGGGAUAUGAUGGUAGGCUUCGGAGGAUGGGGAACUGGGGGACACUGGGGGGAUCGGAGGAAACUUGGGAAUAAGGGG